UUCAUAGUAAUUUGCUAAAAAUAGAGGAACUCGUUAAUUACUUUUGCGACAAGUUCGCGAGGAAAGUGAGCUUCUUUCCAAAAGAAAAACAGCAAAAUAAACUGUGCCCUCGGUUCAACUUCACAGUGUUUGCCUCUGUCGACUACACCUUUCCGCAUAACUCUUUCGUCUCUCUUCCUGAUUCUGGCAUAUUAAAUUGUGAGAAUUACGGCAAAAUUAAACCAAUUUCAGAACUUUGAAACUUGACCUAACCCCACUUCGCAUUCUGAUAAUCUAUAAAUCAGGAAGGACCAUGAACGCUUCAAUAAUAGAUCCUCUGCAAGGAGAUUUUCCAGAGGUCAUUGAGGAGUAUUUGGAACAUGGGAUUAUGAAGUGCAUUGCCUUCAAUCGUCGUGGCACUCUUCUUGCUGCUGGAUGCUCUGAUGGAAGUUGCAUUAUUUGGGAUUUUGAGACUAGAGGAAUUGCUAAAGAGCUUCGGGAUAAGGAAUGUGUUGCUGCAAUAACAAGCAUCUGUUGGUCAAAGUAUGGUCAUCGCAUUCUUGUUUCUGCUGCAGAUAAAUCAUUGACACUUUGGGAUGUUGUCCAUGGAGAAAAGAUUACACGCAUUAUUCUUCAGCAGACACCACUGCUAGCUCGCCUGCAUCCUGGUUCCUCUGCUCCAUCUCUCUGCUUGGCUUGCCCACUUUCAUGUGCUCCAAUGAUUGUUGACUUAAACACAGGAAGCACAAUCAUGCUUCCAGUUAUGGUACCUGAAAUGGGCAAUGGACUUGCCCCUCCAUCUCGCAACAAAUCUUCAGAUGGGACUCCUUCUUUCACACCCACUGCUGCAUGCUUUAACAAGCAUGGAGAUUUGGUUUAUGUGGGAAAUUCGAAAGGGGAAAUACUUAUAAUAGAUCACAAAAGCAUCCAAGUGCAUGCCAUGGUUUCCAUUCUUGGUGGUGCCGUGAUAAAGAACAUAGUAUUCAGUAGAAAUGGACAGUAUCUGCUUACAAAUUCAAAUGAUCGGACAAUUAGAAUCUAUGAAAAUCUUCUGCCUUCGAAAAAUGACGUUACUGCUCUAGAGGACAUAAAGAGAACCAUUGAUGAUCUAGAUGGUGUUGAGAAGAUUAAGACCGUUGGAUCGAAGUGCUUAGCACUUUUCCGAGAGUUCCAAGAUUCUAUCACCAAGAUGCACUGGAAAGCACCUUGUUUCAGUGGUGAUGGUGAAUGGGUAAUUGGUGGUUCUGCAAGCAAAGGGGAGCACAAAAUCUAUAUAUGGGAUAGGGGUGGGCAUCUUGUAAAAAUCCUUGAAGGUCCAAAGGAAGCAUUGAUUGAUUUAGCAUGGCAUCCUGUUCAUCCCAUUGUAGUUUCUGUUUCCUUGACUGGUUUGGUGUAUAUUUGGGCUAAGGAUUAUACUGAGAACUGGAGUGCAUUUGCACCGGACUUCAAAGAGCUGGAGGAAAAUGAAGAGUAUGUGGAGCGAGAAGAUGAAUUUGAUCUAAUACCUGAAACUGAAAAGGUAAAAGAAUUAGUUGUUAAUGAAGAUGAAGAAGUUGAUAUUGUGACAGUGGAAAAAGAUGCUUUUAGUGAUUCAGAUAUGUCACAGGAAGAAGUCUGCUUCUUGCCAGCUGUUCCUUGUCCUGAUAUUCUAGAGCAACAGGACAAAUGUGUGGGAAGUUCUUCAAAGUUGAUGGACAGUAAUCAUUCUGGAUCCCCUCUUUCAGAAGGAGCGGAGCAGAAUGGACUAGCAAGGAACGGUGAAUCAAGUCCACUUGAAGAGGACACAGGAGGUACGAGAAUGAAGAGGAGGCGGAAACCUUCAGAAAAAGGGCUGGAGUUGCAGGCAGAGAAGGUCAGGAAACCUUUGAAACCAUUGAAAUCUUCUAGUAGAUUGUCAAAAGUAAAGAACAAAUCCAUUGUCGACCUUGAUAUUAGCAAUGGUAUUAAUGAGGAUGUUUCUGAUGACUAGUAUUAGAUAAUUGUACUUGUGAGUUAUGAAAGUUUAAACGUUAACCUUCUGGAUAGAAUGAGGUGGAGAGGGGGUGAUGAGUCGCACAAGUUCAAUCAUAAUUAUAUUCUCAUUUCUGGUUAGUCUUUGAA